AUGGACUUCCUGGCCGAGAAGACUAGGGAGACAUACAAGUCCCUCAGUACGCUGCAAAACUUAACAGGAGCAUUAGAGGACAGUUCGAAGGCGUUUGCGCAAACUAUCCGUAGCGAACUGCGGGAUCCCUCCAAAGAGGAGUCGACAGACUCCCGACAGCCAGAGCGGUAUACCAUGGCAACCCACUCUUUGACUGGACUUGGGCAGUCUAUUGCACGACAUUUCGAAUCAGUGGUAGAUGACAUAAGCCGACGGCAUCUUGAUGACAACCUUAAAGUGGCUAUAAAAGUCCAUACUAGAGCGACGGAGAGAGCUCUAGCUGAGAUCAUUGAGCUUAAUAGACGCAUUAAAGUAUUGCAGGAGGAGCUAGAUGCUGCAAAAUCGGCCAAGAUUGUCGCCGAUCAGAAUCUUGCCAGUGCCUUGAGUGUACGGGCAGAAACGAAACGAAGAUACGCCGUUACGAGGGAAGGAUCGGGCAAUGUUGGUGAGGCUAUGGAGAAGAGUUUGAAGGGAAUAUUGAAAAGUAUCGAUGCUAAGGUCGAAGCCGCGGAGAAGAACCAGAUGGACUGUGUGGCUAAAGUUGACUCCCUCGCCGAGCGUUUAGAAGAGCUGUUGAAGAUCAAAGCGCAGAAACAGGGCACACUUCUAGCGCUCAUCGAUAAGUGCGAGUUAUCGAAGUUCUUCACUCUGGUUGAUACAGCCAAGCAGUUGCUAGCUAUUAUGUCCGAGUUGGCAGAGAACAUCCGCCGAUCAAUCACAUUCAGCGAUGUACAUAUACGAGUGUCGCCUUUGGAUGCAAGUCUGGAACAGAGGAUAUUUCUGGCUGAGCAGAUGGAGGAGGAACUCAGUCUAGAUGACCGUGCCAAGUUGGAGCAGGCGGCCGUGUUGAAGUCGGCUGAUGCUUACAAAUCUACCGAGACGGAUAUGCUCACGUUAAAGGAGGAGAGAAUUGUAUUGCUGAACAGUCAGAUAGCUGAGAUCCGAGACGAAUUAGAUCGGCUACGUCAGCGAGAUGCUUUGGGAUUAAUGCAUGCUAAGCUAACCCCAGCCGAUGAGCUGGAGACUGGCGGUCAACCAGUACUACCAGAUGGAGGCUACAAUGAUCAUAUGCUACGCUAUACAUUCCCUCUGCCUCUACCCAACAAUGAUGAACAAUCAUUCCUAGUGCAUGAAAUGCGCGACUUCAAAGUCUCGGUGGCAGAGAAGCAUGAACGGCUUCAUGUACUGCCGCUUCCUGUUCUAGCUGAGGGGGAGGCUCCAUCUAGGGACCUAACCUGGUUUAAAAUGGAGGAUAACCAAUGGGAUCUUCUAGCAUAUGAGAUGCUUCUAUUGGCAUAUUUCAAAGCUACUGAUGAUGAUGGUAAUACAUUCAGGAUGUCUAAAGAUGAGAAGGAUGCCCUGAGGGAGAGUAUACAAAUGUGCCGGCUCCGUCUACGUAUAUCAGCUACCUUACAUCAGCAAAUAGUGGAAAUGCUUCUACCUGAUCUAAAUGGCCAUAAGAUAUGUCCACCAUUAGACGUACGAUUCCGCUUGUAUAGGCUGGUUGCUUUUGAUAUCAAAGAAUCUAGAGUGCCUAUCAGCCAGAAGAUCUACUCACAAUGGGUUGUCAGACAAUGUGCAAUGGUACGAUGGGUAGUAUACUGUGUACAGAAGAUUAUGGGAGGUGUGCCAGAUAUGGUCAAGAAUGCCAUUAUGGACUUCCAUCCUAGCAAGCCAGAUUCAUGGAAGCAGAUGCUGGAGGCUCUCAAUGAUGUUAUGCAACCAAUCCACAAUCCCAAUGGACAGCCGGUGAAGGCGUCCGAUUCAACUCUCCAUUAUCCAUCAGCAAGUCUGCAUCCUCUACUACCUAGACUGUGGAAGGCUGGAGUAGAUGUUAGAGGAGAAGGUCAACUACAUCCACAACUCAACGACUUGGCAUCAGUCUUAUUCAAUGUACUCACAAGAGGGGCAUAUGAGUACCAUGGAGUACAUCUGGCACAGUCGAUGUGGUCCGAGAAGUGCAGGGAUGAAUGGCCUGGUCCUGCGGCUGCUUCAAUCGAGGAGGUUAUAACUCCUGGAUAUAUCGAGGGGAUAGCAGCCGAUCUAUUUAAGUCAUUCAGUGAGGGUGCUGAUGGCGAGAAGGAUAAUCGUCAUAUACUAGAAGAACAAUAUGAUGAGUGUUGCAUGAGAGUACAGACAGCGCCCUUCCGUGAUGCAACAGUUAAUGCAUUGUGUGACUAUCGUGGGCAAUUACAAGGCGACGAGAAGAGCCCUAAUGCUAUCCUGCAUGCUUGGAGGGAGCUUGCUAUCCUUUUGAACUCGCAAACUCCUGAUGGGAGCAGACCGUCCAAUGAAGAAUCCGAACACUUCCUCACUUUUGUUAUGCCGAGACAUUUCGAGGCAGAAACAGCGGCAUCAACGGCUGUAAGGCCUAGUCGAGCACACUACCCUAUUGAUCUCAUCGGUGAUGAAGAGAGAUCUAUCCCUCUCUCCACCACUAUCCUCGACUCAGUACAAUUAGCAAGAGCUCAUUCCUCUCCAGAGGCUAGAUUAGAUUGGCUAGAGGAAGCCACGCAGUAUGUAUGGAAGGCGUGCUUCGAACUGCAGACAGCCAAGGAGCUACGAACAGUCAUCAACUUUGGUAAUAUUGAUGCUCCUACUGAUCACAACAUUUGGUCCUGGGCUCUCAAUGAGCAGUUGAGACCUCUCUAUGAGACCUUGGCCAAGGAUGAGUAUCUCUGGCCAACAGACUGGAUACCCGAGGGUGGUCCCGAGUUUUUGACAGCUACAGUUGUAUGGGGGAGGUAUGUGAAGUUCGCAGUAGACUCCCCUGACACUAGCUUACUGGGAUUGAUGAUCCCCAAGAUCACUGCGGCAUUGAAUGCACGCUUGGAGGCUUUCGAAGAGGACGUGGUCAGUAAGACUUGUGUCGCCACGUCUGAGGAUGGAUCAAGAUGGACCCCGACCAGGCCCCCAGCGGUUCGCACGAGGAAGGAUGAACGAGAGCUCCCUCCAGCCUUCAGACAAGCACUCUUCAAGAGUCUUGAGAAACAGGCUCGGAAGAAUAAGUUCUGGAAGAGGAAUAACAAGAAGAAUGUACCUAGGAUGUACAAUGAUGCAGCGGCAGUAGCCAACAGCCAAUUGCAGGUCCCUCGUGGUGUUUCUCAAGAGUAUACAGACUCUGAGGAUGAACAAGUAUCAUCCUCAUCCGAGGCUGAGGUUGUGAUGGCCGAAUCUCCUAAUCUUGAGUUCAAUCUGUGCACUGAUUUCGUACUGGUGGACACUCCAGUAGUGAAGCAAUUCCUCGAUGAUCCUGACCUCCAACUACCUGCACAGAUGGUACGUUUACAGGAUAUUGCUAAGUCAUAUGAUGAGAUUUCGGUCAUGCGUGGUGCUAUACACGGCGCUAUUGGUGAUGAAGAAAAGAGGAUAAGGAAGGUGUUGAAGACACAGAAUAAAUACAGUACCAAUGAGUAUGAUAUCAAGCUUAAGGCAUGUGAGAGGGACAACAAGGAGAUGCACGAUAAGUCCGACGAGGUCGUUAAUGAGACAAUAGAAUACCUCGAGGGUGUUGGGCAUAAUCUAUCAUGCGUGAUGGCAGCUAGAAUGGUAUACGUCGAUCUCAAUGAGGAUAUAUUCCGCCGUUUGUAUUGCACUAUGACCGAGAAUGGAGUACCUGUAAAUCUUGCUGGUGUUAUCGAUGGUGUCUGUAGCCAGGAGGGUAUAUCAUCCUUCCUUUCCAGAGUACCCGAUUUGUGCGACUGGGACCUGUUGGUCAGAGAAGAGUUCCUUCAGAACUUUAUCUAUGCAUGGACAUACACAGUUCUGGACUUGGCGAAGAGAGGUCGCAAGUUCGAUUCCCAGACCAUGCAUUCUACUCUUACUAAUGAUGCUGAUGCUCUCCCUGGCCUCGCUGAAUUCGUUGGACUGGAUUCCUUCGAUGAGGAAUCCAAUGCACACAAGAUAGUAAGGGAGGCCCAGAGUCUACCGGUCAUUGUGACGGGCAGUGAGGCCAUGCAAGACUUUGACAAACUGGCGAUCAAGGCACUCCGGGAGCCUGGUGAAUCGGAGAUUGCCCCUAAUAAAGAUGCACGGGGUGGAGGUGCUGGAGUGUAUGAUGCUGCUCCUAGAACAGUUCCUAACGCUGGACCAGCCAAUCCAGCUGCAGCCGCGACUGGUGUUGCUCCAUCGUCUGGUAAGAAAGGAAGAGUUCAUGAAGGAAAGAAGAAGUUCUCGAGAUUACUUCGUAGUUCCACCAAUUAUGGAGGACAGUUCUACAAGGAGUACGUUGAUCCAGUGUUGCAUCUCUCAUUAUGGUUGUGUGGUGUGACUCUCUCCCUACAGCUCAUUACCGAAGCUAUGUCCUCAAAGCUGGCUCAAGUAUCUGCUGAGGCCACGGCUGCCGAGGAAGCAUCUGCUCCCGUUAGGAGGCUGGAAUGGAUGUACGACCCUGGCGUUGGUGUGACAAAAACUGAUCUGGAGUUGAUGAAUGAAGCCGUUGAUACCUCUGGUGGACAGAAUGAUGAUGUGAAGAAAAUGCAAGCUGGCGAAGUUAGUGGAUCAAUAUUCUUGAACGACAUCACCCAUCCCAACUCUGAUACUAUGCGUAGGCUUAAUGAGGAUCCUCUGUUCCAAAUCAAGAAGAAGGAGAUGGAGGCUAUGGAGCAGCAGAUGAACAAUCCCCUCGUACAGAUGAGGUUGAGGCAGAUGGAGGAGCUUAAGGCCAUGAAAAAGCGGAUGAAAAAGGAGCAUGUUAAGGAGGAGAAGAGGAGGGAGAAGGCCGAGAAAAAGCGGAUUAAACGAGAAGAGCAUAGAACCAAGUCCGAGCCGAGGUCCGAUACAGAUGAUCGAUUAGAGUCUAAGGGGAGGUCUCAUGAUCAUCACCACCGACAUGCUCCUCGGUACGAGAGGAGUAGAUCACGUAGUAGAGAUCGGCGGCAUGCGCGGAGUCCACCCGUCCACCAACAUCGGCGGAGGCACGAUAGAACCUACGACAGACGAUCGCCUCUCUCACGCCGGCGCUCAUACGACAGUAGAGAGCGUCGGGAACGGGAAAGCAUGCCAACGCGGACAUGUGAGCGGCCCACGCCUGACACAAGCAAGCCCCAAGAUGAUGCUGAGCUUCGCAGAUCACUUGGUCUCGGAGAGAUGAGUGAUAGGCGGAAGAUACAUCUAGAGAAGGAAGAGCGAAACCGUCUCCGCCACGAGGCCGCCUUGAAGCGCCAGAGGGAUGGUGAGGGCAGCCAGAGUUCUAAGGAGGGCAUGUCCGCUGAGGAGAUGCUGGAGGCUGGCAAGGCACGGUGGUCUGAUUUUGAGAAACAAGUGAGUCGCGAAGAGGAGUUAGAGAGGGAAGUAGCUGCAGCAGAAGAGAAGGCGCAAGGACACAACAAGUAUGCUGCGGAGAUGGGCAAACGUAUGCACUUCAGUGAUGAGUUGACUCUUGAGGCAAGAUUAAAGAACCAAAGAGCGCGGCGGAUGAAGACUAGUGACCUCAAGGAUACACUUGAGGAUUGA